CACUCUGCGACAAUUUCCCGAGGUGCCUAGCUCUUAGCGGCACAGACGAGAGCUCUGAGAGAAGCAAGAUGGCGGACGUGCUGGAUCUUCACGAGGCUGGGGGCGAGGAUUUCGCCAUGGAUGAGGAUGGGGACGAAAGCAUCCAUAAACUAAAAGAAAAAGCGAAGAAACGGAAGGGCCGCGGCUUUGGCUCCGAAGAGGGUUCCCGAGCGCGGAUGCGAGAGGAUUAUGACAGUGUCGAGCAGGAUGGCGAUGAACCUGGACCACAACGCUCUGUUGAAGGUUGGAUUCUCUUUGUCACUGGAGUCCAUGAAGAAGCCACUGAAGAAGAUAUCCAUGACAAAUUCGCUGAAUAUGGGGAAAUAAAAAAUAUUCACCUUAACUUGGACAGGCGUACAGGAUACUUGAAGGGGUAUACUCUGGUGGAGUAUGAAACAUACAAAGAAGCCCAGGCUGCCAUGGAGGGACUCAAUGGUCAAGAUUUGAUGGGCCAGCCAAUCAGUGUCGACUGGUGUUUUGUUCGGGGUCCACCAAAGGGCAAGAGGAGAGGUGGCCGAAGGCGAAGCAGAAGUCCAGACCGGAGACGUCGUUGAUAGAUCCUCUGAUGACCAGGUACUGGGAGAUUCCAGGCAUGGGCCGCUGUAUCCAGUUUAUGUGGUCCCUAGAAUUAAUGGGGCCUUUGAGCAUGCUCAGCCAGAUCCACCUUGAAUAUGGUGCUGAACACAAACCCAGCUUGAGUACUUUAUCAUGGCCUUUUUUUCUUUUUGGUUUUUCAAGACAGGGUUUCUCUGUGUAUC